CCUACUGGAAUGCAGCCGAAGCUUCCACCGAGUUUCUUCGGAUCGCCGAGCAAGUUUGGCAUCGUCGAAUCCCCUCGAUUCUACAGCGUAUUAAAUCCAUCCCAGGUUUAGAAGACGGCAACAUCUGGUUCAACCUUCGCGACGCUCAAUUGACUCCCACAAUACAGAAAAAAUCAACGUUACCAUGUCUUCCACCCUCCUUCGCACUGUUCCUGCUCUGCGGGGAGCUGUUAGAGCUUCUGGAGCUCUGAAGCCCGCUAGUGCCCUGGCUAGCACGAGCUUCGUUCGCAGCAAGGCCACGCUCCCUGACUUGCCAUACGACUAUGGCGCUCUCGAGCCAUACAUCUCGGGCAAGAUUAUGGAGCUGCACCACAAGAAGCACCAUCAAACCUAUGUAAACGGGCUCAACAGCGCCCUCGACACCAUUGCCGAGGCCGAGAGCAAGGGCGAUUUCACCAAGGCGGCAUCUAUGGCACCCCUACUCAACUUCCACGGUGGUGGCCACCUCAACCACAGCCUAUUCUGGGAGAACUUGGCCGCAGCUAGCAGAGAAGGCGGUGGCGAGCCGGAUGGCGCUCUGAAGAAAGCCAUUGACUCCGACUUUGGCUCGUUUGACAAUUUCCGCAAGCAGAUGAACACUGCUCUGGCUGGCAUCCAGGGCAGCGGCUGGGCGUGGCUGGUCAAGGACAAGACCAGCGGCACUCUCGGCUUGGUGACGCGCGCGAACCAGGACCCUGUUACGGGCCCUUAUGCUCCCCUGAUGGGCAUCGACGCGUGGGAGCACGCAUACUAUCUCCAGUAUGAGAACCGUAAGGCUGAGUAUUUCGAUGCCAUCUGGAACGUCAUCAACUGGAAGACUGUUGCUUCGAGGUUUGACAAAGCCUAGGUUUGUUUUCAGAGGAGAAGCACAGAGGGCAGGGUGUGUACAAUGUUUGCGUGGGCUCAUUGCAGGUUCCGGACAGUGAGGGUGGGGUCGAGGCCGAGUUGGACUCUUAGAUCUGAUGCCUUGCGUUGCUGCUUUCUGGAUGUUGACUUUGUCAAUACUUUUGAUGUUCUGAUAACCGCCUAGCUUUCCUUGGCAAUUGACGCUGAAGACUGUGUUCCAGCCUGAAAUAAGUAGGUAGACUUUAAGAGGGCUAUUU